UUCAUCUCUUCUUCAUCGCUCAACGUCCUCAGCGAACUCGACGUCUCAGUCUCCGCCCAAAUCGCGGUUAAAUCGAUUGUUUCUCGUGUUCGUUUCAAGUUAGAAUAACCAAAUCUACAAAAUGAAGCACCUCGCAGCUUACCUUCUCCUCGGCCUCGCCGGCAACGCCUCUCCUUCCGCUGCUGACAUCAAGAAUGUCCUCUCUUCCGUUGGUAUCGAUGCCGAUGAGGAGCGCCUCACCAAGCUCGUCGCUGAGCUCGAGGGCAAGGACAUCCAGGAGUUGAUCUCCCAGGGUGCUGAGAAGCUCGCUACCGUUCCCACUGGCGGUGCUGGCGGUGCCCCUGCCGCUGCUGCUGCCGGCGGUGCUGCCGCUGAGGCCGCCACUGAGAAGAAGGAGGAGGCUCCUAAGGAGGAAGAGGAGUCCGAUGAUGACAUGGGCUUCGGUCUCUUCGACUAAGGGCCUUAAAACGGGGACGAUAAAAUUUUCACUUAUAAACGGGGAGCAGAGAUCUGGCAGUCAUACCAGCAGUAUGGUGGGAAAUUGGUAUAAAAUAGCUACUCUAUUGCAUGUUCCAAGGCUGUUUUCGCAGUUACGAAUUAUGCACGCUUGAGCUGAAAAAGAGCUCUUAGCUGAAUACAGAUUAUCUGGCCUCG